UUGCUGAGGUAUAAUGGGCCUUUAAUUACAAGUAUUUGGACAUGUAUAUAAGUUUAAUAUGUUAUCUUUAGAUUAUGUGGCAUAUAACACUUGACCAUUAUCUUUAUCUGUCCAUUGAGACUUUGUACGUUUCCUCUCUAUUUCAGGGCAUUAAAAUGACUUUUGAUUUCGCUGUGUUGUUACUUUUUGCGAGUUGUGCAUUUGCAGCCGGCAGUAGUGUACCCAGUCCCCUAAAAUGCUUCGAGUGUACGGAUAUAAAUGACCCAAGCUUAUGUAAUACAGUGACUACAUGUACCCCGGAUGAGAUGUGUUAUGUAAACGAGAUGGCUAACACGAAUAACCGCAUAACCUAUUCAAUGGGAUGUGCAAGGAAACAUCCAUGCAUUGAAUCAACUGGAUUUCUGAUACAAAAUAGUAAUCUAUUCCAUGCUGGUUCGGUAGUAGGCAAACGGCGUUCCGGACUAGUAGCAUGUUCAGCUUGCUGCGGCGAUUCUUUGUGUAACAACAUGCAAUGUUUUGCAUUAAUAAAAAAUCUUACAGAAUUAUGGAAAGGAGGACAUCUAGAUUUAGCGUCCCUGUCAUACAAACAGUAGCUAUACAAACAGUAGCCAUAUUAUGUGUUAAUCUUUUCAUUGAAAUAAAGCAUUUCUUUGAGUUC